UCGCAGAACGCUUUGUACAGCGCGUAAAGACUCUUCAGUCUGAUACAGUCUGAUAGUUCUACCUGAAUGCAGUGUACGUUACACGUGUUCCGUAUUGUGGCGGAAUAAAAACUGAACCUGGAUAUUUAUGCAUACUAGAGGAAUUAGUCAGAUUCUCGAGUAUACCAUUGUUUCCUGUUGUGUCAGGAAAUCCAACAGUUUAGUUGGGAAAUAUCUAAUCCCAGACACAUUGUUAAUUAGCACGUGUGUGCGGUUGGUGCGUUAUCUAAACAUAUUUUACGAUUAAUAAUUGCUAUUUGUGACAUGAUUACGAUUGUGACAACAGAAAGAAAAGGAACUUUCAAGGUUGAAUGUCUUCAAAAAAUUGAAAAAGAUAUACAAACAAAAUGGGAAACAAUGAAAAUAUUUGAAGUAGACGCACCUUUACAAAGCAAAAGGUCACAGGAUGAAAAGUUUCUUGCAACUUUUCCAUAUCCAUAUAUGAAUGGUCGUCUUCAUCUGGGUCAUACUUUUUCAUUGUCAAAAUGCGAAUUUGCUACUCGGUACAAUCGUCUCUUGGGAAAGAAAGUACUCUUUCCUUUUGGUUUUCAUUGCACUGGUAUGCCUAUUAAAGCAUGCGCUGAUAAAUUAAAAAGAGAAAUGAAACUGUAUGGUUAUCCACCAAAGUUUCCUGAAGAAAUUGAGAUAAAAGAAGAAGUGGAUGAUGUAGUGUCAAAGGAUAAAAGCAAAGGAAAAAAAAGUAAAGCAGUUGCCAAAGCAAGUUCGGCAAAAUAUCAAUGGCAAAUUAUGCAAAGUUUAGGCUUACAAGAUGAAGAAAUCAAGAAUUUUGCUGAUGCUGCACAUUGGUUAGAUUACUUUCCACCACUUGCUGUGAAAGACUUAAAAUCUAUUGGUCUUCAUGUCGACUGGCGAAGAACAUUUAUUACAACAGAUGUAAAUCCAUUUUAUGACUCUUUUAUACGCUGGCAAUUUCUACAUUUACAAUCGAGGAACAAAAUCAAAUAUGGAAAAAGAUACACUAUUUAUUCACCAAAAGAUGGUCAACCAUGUAUGGAUCAUGAUAGAUCCUCUGGUGAAGGCGUUGGGCCACAGGAAUUUACAUUGAUCAAAAUGAAACUGCUUUGUUCUAGAAAAAUUAAGGGUUUUGGCAAAAAAUCAGUAUACCUUGUAGCUGCAACUCUGAAACCGGAAACAAUGUAUGGUCAAACGAAUUGCUGGUUACAUCCGGACAUACUUUACUUAGCGUAUAAUUUAGCAAAUGGAGAGAUAUUUAUUUCUACUGAACGUGCGGCGAGGAAUAUGUCUUAUCAAGGCUUUUUUAAAGAAGAGGGAAAGAUAGAUUUUAUUCGAACAUUCAAGGGCACAGACUUAUUAGGAUUGGCAUUGGAAGCGCCUCUCACAUUCAAUAAAAUAAUCUACACAUUACCUAUGUUGACGAUAAAAGAAGACAAGGGUACUGGUAUCGUAACUUCUGUUCCCAGUGAUUCUCCCGACGAUUAUGCCGCAUUAAUGGAUUUAAAGAAGAAACAGCCACUUAGAGAGAAAUAUGGAAUCACCCGCGAGAUGGUGCUCCCCUAUGAUCCAAUUCCGAUCAUUGAAGUUCCAGAAUUUGGCAAUUUAAUAGCAGUAACAUUGUACGAUCAAUUAAAGAUUCAAUCUCAAAAUGAUAAGGAUAAACUUGCAGAAGCAAAGGAGAUAGCGUACUUGAAAGGAUUUUACGACGGUGUACUGUUAGUAGGUCCGUAUAAGGGCAAAAAGAUACAAGAUGUAAAGAAACUAAUUCAAAAGGAGAUGAUUGACAGUGGCAAAGCAGUUAUCUAUUAUGAACCUGAAAAAACAAUUAUUUCAAGAUCAAAUGACAAAUGUGUAGUGGCCUUAUGCAAUCAAUGGUACUUGGAUUAUGGUGAAGAAAAUUGGAAAAAGGAGACACUUGAAGCUCUAAAGAAUCUCGAUACCUUCCAUGAUGAAGUUAGAAAGAAUUUUCUUGCAUGCUUCGACUGGUUACACGAAUAUGCAUGCUCAAGAACAUAUGGCCUUGGUACGAAAUUACCGUGGGAUGAAAGCUGGUUGAUAGAAUCUCUGUCAGAUUCUACCAUUUACAUGGCUUAUUACACAAUAGCGCACUUCUUGCAAGGCGGAACCUUCAAAGGAGACAAACCUAAUGCAUAUGGAAUAAAAGCUAGUGAUAUGACACCAGAAGUAUGGGACUAUAUCUUUUUCAAAGAUGCGAAACUGCCCGAGACAAAUAUAAAAAAAGAAAUUCUCGAACGUAUGAAGCACGAGUUUCAGUACUGGUAUCCAGUAGAUUUGAGGACUUCGGGAAAAGAUCUCGUACAGAAUCAUCUUACGUUUUUCCUUUACAAUCAUACAGCGAUAUGGCCGAAUCAACCUGAAAUGUGGCCGCAAGGAAUAAGAGCAAACGGUCAUCUACUUUUAAAUUCAGCGAAGAUGUCCAAGUCAGAGGGUAACUUUUUAACGCUUGUCGAAAGUGUGGAAAAAUUCUCGGCUGAUGGAAUGCGUCUCUGUCUAGCUGAUUCUGGCGAUUCGAUAGAGGAUGCCAAUUUCGUUGAAAGUACAGCCGAUGCGGGAAUUCUUAGACUGUACAAUUUUAUAGAAUGGGUCAAAGAAGUGUUGAAAUCGAAAAAUUUGUUCAGACACGAUGCGCCACAUACUUUUAAUGAUAAUGUAUUUGAAAGCGAGAUGAAUUGGAAAGUACGUAAAACUGGCGAAAAUUAUGCAAAAAUGCUUUAUAAAGAGGCAUUAAAGACAGGAUUUUUCGAAUUUCAAGCGGCCAGAGAUAAGUAUUUGCAAUUGAGUGCACUUGAUGGUAUCAACUGGACGCUCAUUAUGAAAUACAUAGAACUUCAAAUAAUUAUUUUAUCUCCCAUUUGUCCGCACGUUUGCGAACAUGUAUGGGAACUUGUUGGUAAAGAUGGUAGCAUAUUGAAUGCGAGAUGGCCCAGUGUGGGGAAAAUAGACGAAAUUUUAAUAAAAUCAUCCCAAUAUCUGAUGGAUGCCGCUCACGCAUUUAGAAUCCUCUUAAAACAUUACAUGACACCGAAAAAGUCUUCAAAGGAAAAGAAUCAAGUUACCGAUAUAGAGAAGCCUACGCUAGGAAUUAUUUGGGUAGCCAAGACUUACCCUAACUGGCAAAGUAUUAUUCUUACUACGAUGAGGGAAAUGUAUUCCAAAAACGGAGAUAAAUUACCCGACAAUAAAGUACUCGCCACAGAGUUAGGAAGCAAAACCGAGUUAAAAAAAUACAUGAAAAGAGUAAUGCCGUUCGUGCAACUCGUAAAGGAAAAAAUGGAAGUUAUUGGUCUCAGUGCACUGAACUUAACACUUGAUUUUGAUGAGAAGACGGUACUUGAAGGCAACAAAAACUAUCUGAAAAGUACAUUAGGCCUUGAUGAUAUUGUUAUAAAAUAUACGGACGAAGCUCCAGAAAAGACAAAAGAGGAAUGUUGUCCGGGUGUUCCAUACAUGAGCUUUUCCGUAGAAAAACUCCAUACGAAGCCCUUAGUUUCAAUACGUGCUAUUAAUCCGCAAAUUGGUAGCGGUUUAUUUGAAAUGGAUGUGGUAAUUUCGCAAGAUGAUACAACUGCAGAUGUCGUGUCCCAUAUUGUAAAACAAAAUAAACGUAUACAAGACCCUGCUUCAAUUACAUUAUAUCGGUAUAACGAUCCAAUUUUGGGACCAAGAACUAAACCAAUUGCAACGGAUAUUUUACAAGGAAAAACUGAGAUUCCAUCUAAUUCUGUAUUUAGUUUAAAUACAGAAACAGAAAAUGUUGAAAUAAAUGUUGCAGGUAGUACAUACAUGAUAGGUAAAUAUUUAAUAUAUAUUGAUACAUCUGAAGGAAAAUAAUAGAGCUGCUUUGAUAAUAUGACGAUGAAAUGAAGAAAUUAGAGUAUUAUCAAUAGCAGAUCUAUUACAUAUAUCUAUUAUGUAUUUGCCAAUCGCCCGAGUUAUAUCUGAUCUGAUUACGCGUUGUUUCAAAUUCUUCAACAUGCUGUUUCUGAUUUUAGAAGAUUGUUUUUUUGCAAUUUUAUGCGUCAAAUGCAAGGUUUUUUAAGUUCAAAAUGAUUCUUUAAAUGUAAAAAAAGUAGAUCUAUUGCCUCUCGCUCCCUUCCUAAAAGGGCCUUUCACAAAUAACUUCGAUUCCAAAAACUUAAAUUUGCUACUGAUUGUUAUACAAAAAUAUACCAAAUUAUUUUCACAAUGAAGGCAAAUAUCAGAUUAAUAGUAAUUCACGUAUAUCUCUAUGAAAAGAAGACCAUGUAAGGCCUUUGUACAAUAUUUAUUUAUCAAUAAAAAAUAUUCAUUAAAUUUGA